CGUUAAUCCCAUCAUUGGUGCUUCCAUUGAGAGAAUACUGUGAGAUAAGGCUGUGAGAUUAUGGCCGGACGAAGGAUGAGACGUAACCCUGCUACUUCUGCCCAGUCGAUGUUGAGGAGUGAUAACCCUGAACAGGGUAUGAUUGUUCCUGUCAAUGGGUUGGAAACAACGCUAAAUAAUGUGGCUAACAUGAUGGCAAACAUUAUGGAGCGAUUGGAUAAGGCUCUUCCAGGUCCAUCCGGAACCCGUGAUAUCCCACCCGGGCAACCCCGCCAGGUCCUGCGUACUACGAGUUCUCCUAUCCUACAGGAGCUCCACGAUCCGGAGGAGGUUGAGAGGGAAAGGCGAGCCAUUGACAGACGCCGGGCGGAGGAAUUGGCCCGGAACAACAAGGUGAACGAAGGCCAGGCUAAGGAUCCAAGCCGGAUCUUCAGCGAUGGACACGAAAAUCCGCGGGGAUCUGUCUUUGAAAGGAUAUCUCGCCAGAAAGCUCACGUUAGUGAGAGGCUGGGGAAGAAUCCAGAAAAGGCACCCCAGGGUUGGAUACGACCUCAGGCCAGCCAAGUGGCGUCCUCCAAUCGCGAACCCCGGCAGCGAAAUGACCGAGGCGGAUUCAAAAUGCCAUUUGUCAAGCGUUAUGACGGUGAAUCAGACCCCCAAGAGCACAUAAAUAGCUAUGUCCAAGUGAUGAUCGCCGUGGACGCUAGUGACGCACUCAUGUGUCGGUGCUUCUUGCAGACCGUUGAUAGCAAGGUUGCAGACUGGGUCAACCAUAUCCCUGCCGGAUCAGUCCGAACGUGGGAUGAAUUGGGACUACGAUUCCUAGAGCAUUUUGCUGGGAACUGUCGCCCCAAAAAGCAUUUCACUCACUUGGCAUCAGUGCGACAGAAGCACGGAGAAUCCUUGAAGAAUUUCCUUAUCCGAUGGAGGAAAGAGUCCAGGGAAGUUGAACGAACUGAUGAUAAGUCCAGGUUGGCUAUGUUCACGGCGGCAUUACAGGAUGGACUCCUUCACACCGAUCUCACUACACAUCCCCCGGAUACCUUCGAAGAAGCGAUGGUCCGGGCUGGGAGGUAUGUGACCCUGGAAGAAAGAAAGGAGGAGAAGAAAGAGAAGACUCCUAAAGAAGAAGAGAAGUCGGGAACAAAGAAACCGUUUAAGAAUAAGAAGCAGGGCUUCUCGGAUGGCCCAAAGGGCGCAAGUCCCGGGACCUCCGAGAAGCAUAAAUCUGCCAAUCCAGUCUUUACACUGCCAGUGGCUGAGGUCAUGACCCACGCAGCACAGCAGGGGCUCAUGACUUACCCAACCUAUUCUCAGAAGGUUUGCAAUGUGGAAGACACUGGGAAAUGGUGUGCUUACCAUCGCAAAAAUGAUCACAACACAGAAUAUUGCUAUACUCUGAAAAAUGAGAUGGCAAGGCUGAUCCGCCGGGGUCAUCUGAAGAAGUUUGUACAAGAUGGUGAUGCCGGGAAUCCCGGGAAUGCUCAGAAUGGAAAACGCAGAGAUAAAGAAGUAGCCCAGGCUGAGGCCCGGGAGAAACGCCACAUUGGACUAGAAGACGAAGAGGAAGAUUCGGAACCCGCGCCGCAUCGCCAGAAGAGACACCACGGGUGUAACUUCAUCAUUGGAGGGAAUACUGGUGGGGACUCGGCCAUAAGCCGGAAGAAGUGGGCUAACGCGACAAUGGUCAACAAGGUGCUGGUCCCGGAAGGUAAGAAGUUGAAAACCGAGCCUAUUGUGUUUUCUAAUGCUGAUCUUCCAGAGACAGGGGUCCCUCAUAGGGACGCCCUAGUAAUUACUAUUGAUAUAAUGGACUUACUGAUCCACAAAACCCUUGUGGAUACGGGUAGCUCCGUUAAUAUCAUGUAUAUGGACACAUACAAGGCUCUCGGUUUGACAAGAGAUGAGUUGUCGCCCAUCAAGACCCCACUGACCGGGUUUACUGGUGAUUCUAUUGAACCGGAGGGGGUGAUAACCCUCCCGGUUGAGAUAGGGGAUACUAAGGCUACCCGGAAGCUUGACAUGGAGUUUGUCGUGGUGGGGAUAAUUUCUAGCACGAAUAUUAUCCUGGGCAGACCCGGAUUGGAAGAUCUGGAGUGUGUCAUCUCACCUCGUCACCUCUGCAUAAAAUUCCCAACCCCCCACGGAGUUGGGAUUGCCAGGGGAUCUCAGAGAGUAUCCCGGGCAUGGUAUUUGAAGGCAACCAAACAGCCCAUCAAAUACGAUACCCAAGUAGGAGACGUGACUGCACAGCUCCUGAGGGCUGAGGAAAAACGUCUAAGAGUAGAAGUUGCCGGCGACAUUGAGGAGGUGGAACUGGAGCCAGGCACGCCGGGAAGGUUUGUCUGGAUUGGUAAGGGCCUGGGGGCUGAACUCAGGUCACGGGUGAUUUCAGUCCUCAGGAGGUUCAGAAGGGUCUUUGCAUGGAGUCCAGCUGAUAUGCCAGGGCUGGAUCACAAGAUUGCUGUCCAUCGCCUAAAUGUUCUGCCGGAGGCCAAACCGGCUCACCGGAUUAUUGUGCUCACCAAUGAGCCAUUGGCGUCACUUAGCCGGAGCCCGGCGGCAUCGGCCCAGAUGACCAAGUGGGCGGUCUUUAUCAGUCAGUACAACGUGGAAUUCAGGCCGCGCCCAUCCAUCAAAGGGCAAGCACUCGCUGAUUUCCAAGUCGAGUGCACCGCUAGGGAAAUGACGAGAGCCCAGGUUGAAACCCGGAUGGAGAAAGAUUGGUGGAUAAUGUGCAUCGACGGAUCUUCUGGGUCUCGAUCUUGCGGAGCAGGUAUCGUCUUGGUCACCCCAGAAAAUUUCCGGAUUUAUUACGCCAUCAGAUUUCAGUUCCGUGUCUCCAACAAUGAAGCUGAGUAUGAGGCCCUGAUCAAUGGUUUGAAGAUUCUUGGUAAGAUGGGAGUAUCCAGGGUUCAAGUCUACAGUGACUCCCGACUGGUGGUGGGACAAAUCAUAGGGGAGUUUGAAGCAAAGGAAGAGAGGAUGAAGAGGUACCGGGACGUGUCUCUAGAGAUGUUGGGAAGAUUAGCAACUGUCGAAGAGCUGGUAACCCCGAGUCUUAACAGCAGUGAAGUGCUCUGGGUAUCAGCCGAUCCCCCGGAAUGGCUGGACCAAUUGGCCAAAUAUAUUGAGGACAGCGAGGCCCCGGAGAAUCCCCAGGAAGCGCGUCUAUUACGAAUGAGGGCACCAACCUACAAGGUGCAGGACGGAGUCCUCUAUAAGCGGUCUUACAACGGUGUCCUACUCCGUUGCCUUAGAGCAACAGAGGCGAAGGCAUUGAUGGAAGAAAUACACGAAGGAGUAUGUGCCGCACAUCAGGGUCCUUAUUCCAUUUCCCGGAGGGCAAUCAUCCAAGGAUAUUUCUGGCCAACGAUGAGGAAGGAUUGCGAAGAGUAUGUACGCAAGUGCCUGACUUGCCAGCAAUUCCAGAAUAUACCCGGGAGACCAGCCACUAACUACACACCCAUCAGCUCCGUGAUUCCCUUCUCAAGAUGGGGGAUUGAUCUUGUGGGAGCCCUGCCAAAAGGGGCGGGGCAGGCAAGGUGGAUUGUGGUGGCAAUAGACUAUUUCACAAAGUGGGUGGAGGCUGAGCCACUUGCAGGGAUCACCGGAAGGCAGAUGAUCGACUUCGUUGGGACUAAUAUACUCUGCAGUCCCCCCAUUCCUCAGGUGGCUGUCCAUGCAACUGCUGAGGGGAAGGGGAACUCUGAGAAGAAGGCCUCGCACCGGAGACCAGCCGGGAAGCUCCUGAGUGGGGAUUGCGUCUCUUCUGUGGACGAGAAGUGCCAGGACAGCCAGAAGAGACUUCAGCCCUGGCACUGUUAGGAAGCACGCUGGGACCCGGAGGGAUACUCCCCGAGACCUGUUGGGGGAGAUGAGGGUUGUUCUCCUCCCUGGGCAAGGGGGAGGUUACCGAUUGUUCAGAGGCAAGAGAAGGCCCAGAAGAGAGCUCAGGUGUUGGGG